CACAGCAUGAGAAAAGUUAAAAGGAAAUAGCACAAUAGAAUACAGAGGUUCUUGCAGUUGCAGACUCUUGCUUUGGUUUCAGAAUUUGCAUAAUUUGAAAAUCGUAUGGUGGUCGUGAACUAGAGGAAAAAGCCAGAGAGUAGCUAUGAGCACCGAACAGGCUCCUCCUCCACCUGCUUCUUCAGUUCCCAGUCCAAUUCCUCCUUCUUCAUCUCCUUCUUACCAGCUCUGCAAGGGUGUCAAUGGCCUCGAAAAGGUCCUUCUUCGUGAGUUCCGAGGCAGCUCCGCUGAGGUGUACUUGUAUGGUGGUCAUGUGACUUCUUGGAAGAAUGACCACGGGGAGGAGUUGCUUUUCCUCAGUAGUAAGGCUAUAUUUAAGCCUCCAAAGGCAAUUCGCGGAGGGAUUCCAAUAUGCUUUCCUCAAUUUGGAAGCCAUGGUACACUUGAGCAGCAUGGAUUUGCUAGAAACCGGUUCUGGGCCAUUGAUAAUGAUCCUCCUCCAUUUCCAACAAAUACCACUAGUAAAGCUUUUGUUGAUUUGAUCCUUAAACCCUCUGAGGAAGAUGCAAAGAUUUGGCCUCACAGUUUUGAAUAUCGUCUUAGGGUAGCUCUUGGACCAGGAGGAGACCUGAUGUUAACAUCUCGGAUUAGGAAUACAAAUCCUGACGGGAAGCCAUUUUCAUUCACAUUUGCUUAUCAUACAUAUUUCUGUGUGUCAGAUAUAUGUGAAGUUCGGGUUGAGGGAUUAGAGACACUGGAUUAUCUUGACAACUUGCAGAACAAGGGGGUUUUACCUGCUUUAACGUUUGAAUCAGAAGUGGACAAGAUAUAUCUGAGCACUCCCACAAAGAUUGCAAUUCUUGAUCAUGAGAAGAAAAGAACAUUUGUGCUACGUAAAGAUGGACUUCCUGAUGCUGUGGUAUGGAACCCUUGGGAUAAGAAAGCAAAGGCUAUGGCAGAUUUUGGGGAUGAUGAGUAUAAGCAUAUGCUUUGUGUAGAGGCUGCUGCUGUUGAAAAAUCUAUCACUUUAAAACCUGGCGAAGAAUGGAGAGGGAGACUAGAGCUUUCAGCUGUUCCCUCUAGUUAUUGUAGUGGGCAACUGGAUCCUCAGCGUGUUCUUCAGGGAAUCUGAAAGAUCCAUUACUUUGUCCUGUACGGGUAUCUUGUUGGGACGCGGGUGGAUCAUGACAGGAAAAUGUGUCCUGGUACUUACCCACUUCAUGUUCCAUUUGAACCUGUGUAGGACGGACAAACAAAUGGUGAAUAGGAUUUUGUUAAUUAAUAUUUUGCCUGUAAUGGAUGGGCGAUUAGUUUGGUCAUGGCAAACUGAAACAGAAUACAGCAGAAUGGUCCUCAGUCAUUGUCAUGGCAGAUUGGAAUUACAGCCUAAAUUCAACAGAUUUUCAUGUUGGAUUCAACGGCGCAGAGGGAUUAGUUUUUGAAUCCGCUUAGUUUGGGCUUUUGGACCCCCAUAAAUUGUUUAUUUCUAAAUGUCCUAGGCUACUGAAUUCUUCUUUGAAGCAUGCCUUAUAAUAUAUACAUAAGGGUUUGUACAAGAACUGUUGACUCUGGGUUGCAUUGUUGCCAUUAUUAUAUUAUAUCUCUCCCUGUU